UAUAUUUAUUUUGACCAUACGAACACGUUCCGAAAUUCGUUAUUUGUUCAUUUUAAAAUCAUUUUCAGUGAUGUUAAUCCACAAAAAGUGUUUAAAGUGUAUAAAGUUCACACAAAAGUCAAAGAAGCGGUUAGAACCAGUCCGUGGAAUACAUUUUUAUGUUAAAAUCAAACAAAUUGGUGUCCUCACGUGUAGCCAUCAAGCGAAUCGUGAAUAGCGUAAAUAAUAAAAAUACCUGUAUGAUAUAAUAGCACAAAAAUUUUAAAACCGAAGCUCUUUUUAAGGAAUACGCAAGGAUGAGCACAUCAUUUUAUUCAGUUUAAAGUUUAAUUUUGUACGAGUAGGUACAAAGACCAUAAAAUAAUCUUCCGAUUUUAGCGCAAACUCUUUGGAAAUCUUGACGUGGUUUGAACUCAAUUUAAUUACGUGGUUAAAAUUAUAGUAAUAUAAAUUAAAAACAGUUUCAAAGUGAUCAUAUUUAAAUCUUGAUUUUUCAUUACUUAACGUAAUUAUAACAAUAGGAGUAUUAUGUAACAUAUGAGUGGUUGUUAGUGAACAGUGGUAGUUAAAAUUUAAAAAGAAAUAUGACAACACUUCGCCAGAACAGAGUAUGCCGGUCACUGUUCAGUCAAUAUGAUCCUCACCUCUUAGACAUCUACAAGGCCGAAAUGGCGUACGGCAUAGAAAGGUUUUUCCUUUUAUCGUACUGUCUGGCGUGCUGCUGGCCGGCCUUAAGCUUCGGCGCUAAAAACAACCUCCGGAUAGUGAAGCAAUGGUCGGAGCUGGAGUUCCGGUUUCCGAGUGACGAAGCAAAACAGCGCGCCUUGGAAAACAGAUACUAUGUCCCCGGGUCAUCGGUGCCGAUCGAUGUUGACGUGCAUCAUAGAAGUGGUGGACAGAUGUCUCGGAUCUUCAUAUCGAACCCUAGAUUCGACGAAGGUCGGCCGGUGACGCUGGGCACGGUGGACGAAGAUGGCCUCAUCAGCGGCUACCCCGACUACUCCUGGCACGACAACCAGGGGCACAACUGUAAUGGGAUGACAUCUGUAUUUAGAGUUGCUAUAGAUAGAUGCAGUAGGCUAUGGGUAAUGGACGCGGGGAAAAUAGGGGAGAACCAGGUGUGUCCACCGCAACUGUUGGCCUUCGACCUCAACAGCGACCGGCUGAUAUACCGACACGUCGUGAACGCUUCCAACUACAUCGCUACCUCAUUGUUCAUCAAUCCAGUGGUAGAUGUACGAGGGGAAGACCCGAAUGAUUGUUCUGACACCUUCGUGUACGUUGCCGACGUGUCGGGCUUCGGCAUGUUGAUAGUGGACGUGAUCAACGAUCGAUCCUGGAGAGCAACGCACAACCUCAUGUACGCGUAUCCCAAUCGUGGUACUUUCACCAUUGAUGGUGAGACCUUCGAUCUAAUGGACGGAAUACUAGGUAUGGCUCUAUCGCCGUACAGUUACGGCCAAGAUCGUUUCCUCUACUUCCACGCACUGGCUUCUACCGUAGAGAACGUUGUGCGCACCAGUGUUCUGAGAAAUGAUUCUCUCAUUUCAAAUUCGAAUGUUAAUCGCUAUGCAAUUAACGCGUUUCCCGAAGAGCGUCCGAACCAAUCAGCAGCCGAAGCAAUGGACAGCAACGGCAUUUUGUACUUCGGACUGAUGGAGCCGCCUGGCAUCUUCUGCUGGAACUCCGCCACCGAGUACUCUCCCCGCAACUUCCACCAAAUCUCUAUUAACAAAGAAACUUUACAAUUCGCAAGUGGAAUGAAAAUAGUCAAAAACCGCAAAGGGGAGGAAGAAUUGUGGAUCAUGACUUGCAGCUUCCAAAGGGUGAUGACUGGUUCUCUCAGUUCAGAUAGAGUUAAUUUUAGGAUACACGCUGAGAAACUCCCAAUUUUAUUGAAAAAAUCAGCAUGCUCGAUGCCUCCUAGCGAAAACUCAAUAGGUUACCACGCUGAGCGUAUUUCUCCGGACAUUCCUUAUUAUCAUUUUAGGUAUGGCGCCGUAUCUUAUUUGUAGAUGUACUGCGGUUAGAUUUGUUGAGAGCUGUACUGUUUUAUGUGGUAUGCCUUGCCAUAUUAUAGAAAUAAUUGUAUUUUUUUUUUGUUAUUGAUACCUACAUAAAAUAUUUCAGACCUUAA